AUGAGUGUUCAGGAGACCAAUAAGAAAGGGGUUUUGGUGGGCAUCUACUCAACCAAACAAAUCUUGACACUUGUUUGAAGGAAGGAAAUAAAAAAUUAUGACACUAAAUGUCUCAUAAAAAGAAUUAUUCCUACCAAAACCAAUGGUUUUAAUGUUUAGGAAAUUGUUGACGGCCUUUAAAGGAAAGGCUUGAAAGUCACGAAUGCCAUCAUAUUUCUGGUCAGAGAGCAGAGAGGCAUAUUGCUGGUCAGAGAGCAGAGAGGCAAAGCCAGUUUGCAAGAACAGGGAAUUUGCUUACAUUCUAUGUGUACCCUUUAAAAAAUUCUGGAGAUUGUUGAGCAGCAAAAAAAAAAGAUUAAUACUGAGAUUGUUGGGAAUAUAAAGAAGUUUAUUCAGUACAACAUUUUUGUAAUUGCUAAUCAAAAUAACCAUACGUGCAAAGAAACUCUCUAAGAACUUAGCAUUGGCAUUUGUGCCCAGCUUUCUGAUACCCACCCUAUUGCAUCAAAACUUCUCAGGCUUCUUUUUUUGUGA